UGAUAUUAGGAUCUUCCCCCUUUUCCAAAAAAAAAAAAAAAAAAUCCAAUAAUCACAAACCCUAAAAAUCCUGUAUCUUCUCCAUUCUGUCUCUCUAUAUUGUAUAUCCAUGCUUUGAGUUUUCGGCUCGCAAGGCUAUGGCUACCGAAAGUGCUUCGCGAUCGAGCUCAGCAGCCGAUUCGUACAUAGGGAGCUUAAUAAGUUUGACUUCCAAGAGUGAGAUCAGAUAUGAAGGCGUUCUUUACAACAUCAACACUGAAGAGUCCAGUAUUGGACUCAGAAAUGUACGUUCCUUUGGAACAGAAGGAAGGAAAAAGGAUGGUCCACAAAUUCCACCAAGUGAUAAAGUCUAUGAAUAUAUACUAUUCCGUGGAAGUGACAUCAAGGAUUUGCAGGUCAAAUCUUCUCCACCUGCUCAGCCUGCUCAACCUUCCCCACCAAUUAACAAUGAUCCAGCUAUCAUUCAGUCUCACUAUUCUCGCCCAGUUACCUCAUCUUCAAGCUUGCCAUCAGCUGUUACUGGGCCUUUGCCUGAUAUUGGUUCCCAUACAGCACAAUUGGGACUCACCGGGUCAAAUUUUCAAGGUGGGUUGCCUUUGUAUCAACCUGGAGGGAAUUUAGGUUCAUGGGGAGCUUCCCCUCCCCCACCAAGUGCAAAUGGUGGUGGGCUUGCUAUGCCAAUGUACUGGCAAGGAUAUUAUGGCCCUGCAGGUGGGCUUCCUCAUAUGCACCAACAAUCUUUACUGCGGCCACCACCUGGGUUAUCAAUGCCUUCUUCCAUGCCGCAGCCAAUGCCAAUGCCAUACCCUAAUUUUAAUCUUCCUUUAGCAAACGGAGCCCCAAGCUUGCCCGAGGCUCCUCCUUUGCUUUCUGCUGCUACUACUAGCUCCCCUAGUUUAACCUCAACUUCUGCUACACCUUCAACUUUGCCAUCAAUUCUGCCAGCAGUACCUCCAAGUUCAUUAGCUUCUGAACCAUUAUUGAGUUCAGUGUCUAACAAGACGCCAAAUUCUUCAAUCUCUGCUUCCACCUUUAAUGCUGGCUUGCCAUCGCUGUCUCCUUUGACUACAAGUUCAGAUUUAAGUACUAUUCUACCACCAACAUCUAACAAGCCUACUCCAAUUUCUGGUCAAACUUUGACAUACCAAACUGUUUCUCAGUCCACUUCCUCCAUUGUUGGACCAUCCACUUCUGUCCGCACGGAAGCACCAGCACCUCUACUGGUUACUCCUGGUCAGCUGUUACAGUCUAGUCCUGCUACAGCUUCAUCACCUCAGCCAUCACAAACUGUCCAUAAGGAUGUUGAGGUUGUUCAAGUACCAGCAUCAUCCUCAGAAGGCUCACUGCCAAUUCUGCCAGAAGCUCAACCCCCAAUAUUGCCAUUACCCACACCUGCACGAGCUGGUUAUAAGCCAAAUGGACCUCCUUUCCAAAAUCAACAACAUGGUUAUCGGGGACGUGGAAGAGGACGAGUAACUGGGGGUUCACGUCCAGUGGCAAGAUUCACUGAAGAUUUUGAUUUCAUGGCAAUGAAUGAGAAGUUCAACAAGGACGAAGUCUGGGGCCAUCUUGGCAAGAAUAGUAAAUCUUCAAACACAGAAGGGAAUGGAGAAAUCAGUGAUGAAGAUGAUACUCAAAAUAUUGAUGAUGCUGAGUUAUCUAAGCUUGAAUCCAAGCCUGUAUACAAUAAAGAUGACUUCUUUGAUUCUCUUUCUUCCAAUGCACUUGAUAAUGAGUCGCAUAACGGAAGGCCCAGAUACUCCGAGCAAAUGAAGAUUGACACUGAGACUUUUGGUGAAUUUUCAAGGUAUCGAGGUGGUCGAGGUGGCCGUGGUCCUGGACGUGGUGGCCGUGGUCGAGGUGGCGGUUACUACGGAAGGGGAUACGGCUACAAUGGAAGAGGCCGUGGGCGUGCCAUGCCCAGUCGUGCACAGUAGCUUGUUCCAUAUUAUGAAAGUCUGUAGGCAGGUGGUUAAACCUCUAGGCCAGUUGCCACCAGAACAAUGAAAUCAUUUAGGGCCGCAUGUUGUGUUUCUAUUUUUAUUUUAUAAUAUGUUUUUGCUUGUCCAAAAAAAUAAAUAGAGGGAUAUAUUUUUCUUGUUCUUGUUUUAUUAUCUGUUUUUUUUCAAUAUUCUUUUCUUGUAUUUUUAUUUCUCAUUUUAGCUGUUCUUGUAUGGUUCUAGUGAAGAUUAAAUAUAUAAGAUAAGUAAAUGCUUUUAGCAGUUUUAGCA